AGGCUAUGCACAAGGAUCAAGUCAUGCGCGAAGUUCCAGCAGACUACGAAGCCAAGAACACGAGGUAGAGGACAGCUACAGCAAUCACAUAGCAAGAGCACCAAAUUCCUUGGCCAGCCACUUACUAGCCAUGUUGAUGGCUUGGAAUUUAUGAGUGCAACUCACGAAUGA